AUGGGUGGAGUAGUCGCGCGCUUGGCUAUCCGUCUGGCACCUGAUCUGCCAGUAGAUGCCAUAGUUAGCAUUGCGACUCCUCAUCAGCUGCCACCAGCGAACUUGGAGUUCGACAUGGAGAGGCUGUACCAGAAAGUGAACACACCGGCAGCUAUCGACCCAAUAUUGAUAUCCAUCUGCGGAGGAGUCGCUGACACUCAAAUCAUCUCAGACACGUGUGCUUUGCCCGACUUCGUUGGACCGGACAACGGUUUCACGGUUUUCUCCAGCGGGGUGCCUGCAGCCUGGACUAAUGUGGAACAUCAAGCGAUCGUUUGGUGUGAUCAGGUUCGUUGGAGGAUUGCCAGGAUUCUUCUGGACAUGAGCGCCGCUACCACGCGAGACGAAAAGCUCUCUUCAGCCAAGAAGUGGCUCCGAGAGGCUCCAACCCUCAGCAUUACUGAGCGGCACCAGGUGGUGGAAACGCUGCCCCCGGUCGCCAAUGAGAAUGUGACGUGCAUCGUUCGUCUCCGCAAUCCUACACCGACGCUAGUUGCUGAACCACCGCUGUCAUUACUCUCCUGCGAUUCAUCUAUGAUUUGCGAGCAAAUAGCAGCCUCAGCUCAAGUGAUCCCGUAUCCUCGCGAUACUCGACUGCCGUUUCCCUUGCCGGGGGAAGGUAUACGUAACGAGGAGUCGGCUUUUGCAAUCAGUGUCUACCACGCCGACAAAGACAAAACAAUCGCGAUAGCAAGCGAUGAGCAGCUCGAAAUCUUGGCUACUGGUGCCCACCUGCAAAUUCGCGGGACCCAGGGAAGCUGGAUAGGUGGUGGGCUUUGA